AGCGCACCGGGGUGGCGUGGUCCGGCCCAGCCCAGCCUGGCGAACCCUGAGCAUCCUGGCGUGGGCCGGUGGGACGCUGGGGUGCUGGGGGUUCGGGAUCCGGUCGGGCAGGUGUCUCCAUUUUCCCGCCUCGCGGCCGGUCCCUCCGCGGCCCUGAGGAGGGGGCGGGUCGCGGGACCUGGGACUGGAGGUGGAGGCCCCUGAAGCUUCUCUUCGCACCAGCCUUUCCACCUUUCACCAUCACUUUCCACCCUGCCUGUCUCCAUUUUUCAUCAUUUUGCCAACAUUUACUCAGCACAUGUAAGUCAGGACUGGUGGAGUCAGCACAAUCUGUAGUCAACUUCAACUUGAGACAGGACAGAGAGAAGAACUCAAAAUCUUUUCAUCUUUUUGACUCCAGCCAUGUCUGUGAUGUCCACCCUGUGAAGAUCUCUCAUCAUCCAAAAAACGCGAUGUCCCUGCUCUUUUCUCGAUGCAACUCCAUUGCCACAGUCAAGAAGGACAAGAGACACAUGGCUGAGGUGAAUGCUUCCCCCCUCAAGCAUUUUGUCACUGCCAAGAAGAAGAUCAAUGGCAUUUUUGAGCAGCUUGGCGCCUACAUCCAGGAGAGUGCCACCUUUCUUGAAGACACCUAUAGGAAUGCAGAACUGGACCCCGUAACGACAGAAGAACAGGUUCUGGACGUCAAAGGUUACCUAUCCAAAGUGAGGGGCAUCAGCGAGGUGCUGGCCCGGCGGCACAUGAAAGUGGCUUUUUUUGGCCGGACGAGCAAUGGGAAGAGUACUGUGAUCAAUGCCAUGCUCUGGGACAAAGUUCUGCCCUCUGGGAUUGGCCACACCACCAAUUGCUUCCUGCGGGUGGAGGGCACAGAUGGCCAUGAGGCCUUCCUCCUCACUGAGGGCUCAGAGGAGAAGAGGAGUGUCAAGACCGUGAACCAGCUGGCCCAUGCCCUCCACCAGGACGAGCAGCUGCAUGCUGGCAGCCUAGUGAGUGUGAUGUGGCCCAACUCCAAGUGCCCACUUCUGAAAGAUGACCUCGUGCUGAUGGACAGCCCUGGUAUUGAUGUCACCACAGAGCUGGACAGCUGGAUUGACAAGUUUUGCCUGGACGCUGAUGUGUUUGUGCUGGUGGCCAACUCGGAGUCCACCCUGAUGCAGACGGAAAAGCAAUUCUUCCACAAAGUGAGCGAGCGUCUCUCCCGCCCAAACAUCUUCAUCCUGAACAACCGCUGGGACGCAUCCGCCUCGGAGCCUGAGUACAUGGAGGAGGUACGGCGGCAGCACAUGGAGCGUUGUAGCAGCUUCCUGGUGGACGAGCUGGGCGUGGUGGACCGAGCCCAGGCUGGGGACCGCAUCUUCUUUGUGUCUGCCAAGGAGGUGCUCAACGCCAGGAUCCAGAAAGCCCAGGGCAUGCCUGAAGGAGGGGGCGCUCUUGCAGAAGGCUUUCAAGUGAGGAUGUUUGAGUUUCAGAAUUUCGAGAGGAGAUUUGAGGAGUGCAUCUCCCAGUCUGCAGUGAAGACCAAAUUUGAGCAGCACACAGUCCGGGCCAAGCAGAUUGCAGAGGCAGUUCGCUUCAUCAUGGACUCGCUGCACAUUGCAGCUCAGGAGCAGCGGGUUUACUGCCUGGAAAUGCGAGAAGAGCGUCAAGACCGGCUGAGAUUUAUUGACAAACAGCUGGAGCUUUUGGCUCAAGAUUAUAAACUUCGAAUUAAGCAGAUUACGGAAGAAGUGGAAAGGCAGGUGUCAACUGCGAUGGCUGAGGAGAUCAGGCGCCUCUCUGUGCUGGUGGACGAGUACCAGAUGGAUUUCCACCCUUCUCCAGUAGUCCUCAAGGUUUAUAAGAAUGAACUGCAUCGCCACAUAGAGGAGGGACUGGGCCGAAACAUGUCCGACCGCUGCUCCACGGCUAUCACCAACUCCCUGCAGACCAUGCAGCAGGACAUGAUAGACGGCUUGAAGCCCCUCCUUCCCGUGUCCGUACGGAGCCAGAUAGACAUGCUGGUCCCUCGCCAGUGCUUCUCCCUCAGCUACGACCUGAACUGUGACAAGCUGUGUGCCGACUUUCAGGAGGACAUCGAGUUCCAUUUCUCACUCGGAUGGACCAUGCUGGUGAAUAGGUUCCUGGGCCCCAAGAACAGCCGUCGGGCCUUGAUGGGCUACAACGACCAGGUUCAGCGUCCUGUCCCUCUGACACCAGCCAACCCCAGCAUGCCACCCUUGCCACAAGGCUCACUCACCCAGGAGGAGCUCAUGGUUUCCAUGGUUACUGGCCUGGCCUCCCUGACAUCCAGGACCUCCAUGGGCAUUCUUGUUGUUGGAGGAGUGGUGUGGAAGGCGGUGGGCUGGCGGCUCAUCGCCCUGUCAUUUGGGCUGUACGGCCUCCUCUACGUCUACGAGCGUCUGACCUGGACCACCAAGGCCAAGGAGAGGGCCUUCAAGCGCCAGUUUGUGGAGUAUGCCAGCGAGAAGCUGCAGCUCAUCAUCAGCUACACCGGCUCCAACUGCAGCCACCAAGUCCAGCAGGAACUGUCUGGGACCUUUGCUCAUCUGUGUCAGCAAGUUGAUGUCACCCGGGAGAACCUGGAACAAGAAAUUGCUGCCAUGAAUAAGAAAAUUGAGGUUCUUGAUUCACUUCAGAGCAAAGCCAAGCUGCUCAGGAAUAAAGCUGGGUGGCUGGACAGCGAGCUCAACAUGUUCACGCACCAGUACCUGCAGCCCAGCAGAUAGUGGGCGGCCUGGCGGAGCCGCACGGAGGAGGGCGCUGCCGCCAGCCCCCAAGCGUGUAGGCUCCCCCAGGGGCGCGUGUGGCUCUGCCCCUGGCCACCGUCAAGAGAACGAAGCACCCACUGUCUCAUGCCGUUUUGAGCCCUUCAAUGCUAGUAAUGUCCCCUUCCUUUGCCUGCCUUUGCAGGAAGAUCUGGCUCAUACCCCUAACGGAGACUUUCUCACGACCGCACAGCGCGGUACCAAGGAGUCACAGCCAGGCCGUGCUCUGCCCUGUCAGGCUCAGUCGACUGAAAAUCAUUGCUGAGGGUCCCGGCGCUGCAGAAUGCCACACUGACGCACGCACCCCGCCUUCCUCUGCCCAUGCACCCCUGCCCUCGCACCCCCGCAGAGAGAGGCUGCCUGAGGCAUGACUGGAUUUUCUUGCCAAAAGUAUCAGAAAAAGCUCCAAGAAUGCCGAGGCUGUCCCAGGACUGUGGCUUGUGUCCAUGCAGUCCUUCAGCAUCAGUGCUCCCUCGGCUCUCUGAGCUGCUCAGACACGUUGUGGGGGGUGGUGAGGCUCCUCGUGCCCUGGGCUUGGACUGAGGCAGGCCCUGCGCCGGCAGGGGUGGGAAGGAGCCAGAGCAGCUCAGGGCAGUGCUGUUGGAGUGGGUGGCCGUCACCAUGAUGAGUAGGGAUUUGCCUCUCUCUUUGUCAUUGUGUCCCUUGCUCUAGUUUAAGUCCUCGCCUGUGGGGGCCUAUUUUAUCGUUGGUGGAAGUUGGUUUGGCGCAGGUGGUUAAGGAUGUCGUAGAAGGACAGAGGGUGGACGGUGGGGAGGCUGGGGGAGUGGUCCCCACCCAGGAUGGCUGGAGAGGGGGCCCUGCACUUGACCUCACUGUGAGGCGCCUGUGGGCCUGAGAGCCCGCGCCCUGCUUGACUACAUCCCUGAUAAGCCCCUUAGGAGACAUGGCUCCAUGCCCUGCCCUGGCCAUGCCCCAAGCUGCCCUGGGCCACCAGGCCCCUGGACUGAGUUUCCUAUGCCAGUGAUCACAGUCGGUCAAGGGACAGUGUGGGAAACCAAUGCCCGUCCUCCCAGCCUCCCUGAUCGCCAGAGCCUUGAUUGACACACUCGUCCUCGGGUUGACUUUGAGAAACGUUUCCUGUUGUUGAGUUUUGGGAUUACUACUGGUCAAAGUGGGGGCAGGCUCCUGUCACCAAGGUGUUAACUGUGGGGAAAACGGUGUCUGGGUGACAAGCCUUAGCAGCACAGGGCAGGGGCCCCUGCAGAGAGUGGAGUCCGGUUCUGCUGAAUUUGAGUCCAGUCAUCACCAGGCUUUGGGGAAAUGAGUUGGUGGCCCCCGUGCACUGGUAGGUGGCCACACAGGUGAUGUCCUCUCCACAUACCCGCUUGUGCUUCAAACCCUCAGUCUACCCUGAGGUGUGGGACACAGUGACAGACUCUGCCAAGGCCGGUGUGCAGUUAGCAGGGUGUUCUGUGUUUGCCAGUCCUAGAUGUACGGGGCCCCUCACACCUGUCAGAGAAGAUUAAUGUCACACAAUUCCAAAGGAUUUUGUGCUCUUUUUGAAAAAAAAAAAAAAAAAAAUUUAGAGUAAUUUUUUUCAAUGUUUCCCCUGGGGAAUGAAUGAAAUUUUGAGCUUCUUACACAAUUUAAGUAAAAUGAAAUUUAUACCACAGAGGGAGAGACCCUCUCUGAAAGAAGUGUGGCGAAAAGCACUUUAAUUUAAUGCUGCUAACUUUGUUCUCUGUUUUUAUGUUCAUUUGCUGGACUGCAAGAUGUGCUUGACACAGUGAGUUCUCUGACGCAUUUAAGGUGAUGUAUUUGCCUGAAUUACUCCUGUAUCAUUGCUGGUAAUAUUGGAAACUAAAAUAAAACCUAGUUGGAAACCCUU